CCUUGGGUUCGAUGCAAAAUUUCCCUCCAAGUCAAGCGAGGAAGGUUGUUCUACAAAGAGACUGUGCACAGUGAAGCUUCCCUUCAAACCACAGCAAUGGCCUCGUCCUCUUCGUCCUCAACGAGUAUCGGCUACGAAAUGCCAUGGGUGGAAAAGUACAGGCCCAGUAAAGUCGCUGAUAUUGUAGGGAACGAAGAUGCAGUCUCCAGGCUUCAAGUCAUCGCUCGUGAUGGCAACAUGCCUAACCUAAUACUUUCUGGUCCUCCAGGAACAGGAAAGACUACUAGCAUUUUAGCUCUUGCACAUGAGCUUCUGGGUUCAACUUAUAGAGAGGCUGUGUUGGAACUGAAUGCAUCCGAUGACAGGGGAAUUGAUGUUGUAAGAAACAAAAUUAAGAUGUUUGCACAAAAGAAAGUAACACUUCCUCCCGGGAGGCAUAAGAUAGUAAUCCUUGAUGAAGCCGAUAGCAUGACAUCUGGAGCACAACAAGCAUUGAGGCGCACAAUGGAAAUAUAUUCAAACUCUACCCGUUUUGCUUUAGCAUGCAACACAUCUUCUAAGAUUAUUGAGCCCAUUCAGAGUAGAUGUGCUCUUGUUCGAUUCUCAAGAUUAUCUGAUCAAGAGAUUCUUGGACGUCUCAUGGUGGUGGUUGGAGCAGAAAAGGUUCCUUAUGCUCCAGAAGGUCUUGAGGCCAUUAUUUUCACUGCUGAUGGUGACAUGAGGCAAGCACUGAAUAAUUUGCAAGCAACAUUUAGUGGUUUUCGGUUUGUUAGCCAAGAAAAUGUCUUCAAGGUCUGUGACCAGCCUCAUCCUCUGCAUGUGAAAAACAUGGUUCGAAACGUAAUUGAAGGGAAAUUUGAUGAUGCUUGUUAUGGUCUUAAGCAACUCUAUGAUAUGGGCUACUCGCCCACUGACAUCAUCACAACCCUUUUUCGCAUCAUAAAAAAUUAUGAUAUGGCAGAAUACCUAAAAUUGGAAUUUUUGAAGGAAACUGGGUUUGCACAUAUGAGAAUUUGUGAUGGAGUUGGUUCGUAUCUUCAACUAUGUGGCCUUUUGGCUAAGCUUGCUCUGGUUCGUGAAACAGCCAAGGCAGCAUAGGUAGUCGGCACUGCCCACUGAGACUAAAAGUCUGUAUUGCAGCGUUUUCCAUGGUAAGAAACUGAGAAUUAUAGACUAUGGCAUGUUCAUAUUUGAAUAGCAAAUGUUCUGUAAGGAAAUGAAGAAUUGAAUUUCUACUACCAAGGGAUACAAGCUGUGGAGAUUUUGACUGAAGCACAACAAAUUAUUAUCUAAUUAUAUAUUAGUGGAC